UAGCAGGCGGGUUGCGUCUAUGGUCAGGCCCUCCGCGUCCAGCUGUGGGGACCGCGCAGGGGCGUAUGGCGCCUCGGGACUCGACUCCGAGGGCCCGAUAACGGGCCGCCCCCCCGCUCUCGCUCUCGCCCUGGACUGAGACAGCCUCACGUGGCCGGAGGAAUUGGUCAUUGUUCUCCGCGGGACCGGCCCAUGGAAGGCCGGGGAGGGACGGGAAUCCUGGAGUUCCUUUUGCAAAGCCUGAUCUCCUCGGAUCCGACCAUGGCCACCUCUCGCUAUGAGCCAGUGGCCGAGAUUGGUGUGGGCGCCUAUGGCACGGUGUACAAGGCCCGUGAUCCCCACAGCGGCCACUUUGUGGCCCUCAAGAGUGUGAGAGUCCCCAAUGGAGAAGGCACUGGAGGCGGCCUUCCUGUCAGCACUGUUCGGGAGGUGGCCCUACUGAGACGGCUGGAGGCGUUCGACCAUCCCAAUGUUGUCCGGCUGAUGGACGUCUGUGCCACAGCCCGAACUGACCGGGAAACCAAGGUGACGCUGGUGUUUGAACAUGUGGACCAAGACCUAAGGACGUACUUAGAUAAAGCCCCCUCACCAGGCUUGCCAGUGGAGACCAUCAAGGAUCUAAUGCGGCAGUUUCUAAGAGGCCUUGACUUCCUGCAUGCCAAUUGCAUCGUUCAUCGGGACCUGAAACCGGAGAACAUUCUGGUGACAAGCAAUGGGACGGUCAAGCUGGCUGACUUUGGCUUGGCCAGAAUCUACAGCUACCAGAUGGCCCUUACACCUGUGGUUGUUACACUCUGGUACAGGGCUCCUGAAGUUCUUCUGCAAUCUGCAUAUGCAACACCCGUGGACAUGUGGAGUGUUGGCUGUAUCUUCGCAGAGAUGUUUCGUCGGAAGCCUCUCUUCUGUGGAAACUCGGAAGCUGACCAGUUAGGCAAAAUUUUUGAGCUGAUCGGCUUGCCCCCAGAGGAAGACUGGCCCCGAGAUGUGUCUCUCCCCCGGGGAGCCUUUUCCCCCAGAGGGCCCCGCCCAGUGCAGUCGGUGGUCCCCGAGGUGGAGGAGUCCGGAGCACAGCUGCUGCUGGAAAUGCUGAUUUUUAACCCACAAAAACGAAUCUCUGCCUUCCGGGCCCUGCAGCACCCUUAUCUAUAUAAGGGAGAAGGAUCAGGCAUUGGAGUGGCUGGACCAGGACCAGGACCCAGAGAAGGAAGAGAACCUACCAUUUCCCUUCCUCUGGACACUUGAGUGGAGAGGACCCCGCCCCCUCCUCACUGAGGAGGCAUUCUGUGCCUUAGCCUCUGUCUUCAUCUCUGAGGCUUUGUAUACCCCUCCCCUCAUCUUUUUACAGAGAAUAUUUUGCUGCCUUAAUGAUACACCUCUUCCCCUCCAAUUGAGGCAUAUUCUUCUUUCUACCUCCUCCCCCCUAUUUUCCUACCCCAAGGAGUAUUGUCUUCCCCUCUUACCUACUUUGAUAUAAUGGGCUCCUUUUUUAUACAGGAAAAAAACAAACAAGGAAGUAUGGUCUUUUCAAAAUG